GUCCGGCGUCUUGUGGGACACGACAGGUCCCAGAAGACGCCGGGCCAUUCACAGUGCAGCGCUUCUCACGCAUGUGCAGUCAGCAGUCUCUGGUCAUCCCCUGUACUGCGUCCGCAGUCUCUGGUCAUCCCCUGUACUGCGUCCGCAGUCUCUGGUCAUCCCCUGUACUGCGUCCGCAGUCUCUGGUCAUCCCCUGUACUGCGUCCGCAGUCUCUGGUCAUCCCCUGUACUGCGUCCGCAGUCUCUGGUCAUCCCCUGUACUGCGUCCGCAGUCUCUGGUCAUCCCCUGUACUGCGUCCGCAGUCUCUGGCCAUCCCCUGUACGCGUCCGCAGUCUCUGGUCAUCUCCUGUACUGCGUCCGCAGUCUCUGGUCAUCUCCUGUACUGCGUCCGCAGUCUCUGGUCAUCUCCUGUACUGCGUCCGCAGUCUCUGGUCAUCAUCUCCUGUACUGCGUCCGCAGUCUCUCUGGUCAUCUCCUGUACUGCGUCCGCAGUCUCUGGUCAUCUCCUGUACUGCGUCCGCAGUCUCUGGUCAUCUCCUGUACUGCGUCCGCAGUCUCUGGUCAUCUCCUGUACUGCGUCCGCAGUCUCUGGUCGUCUCCU